AUGUGGAGGCUGAGUGUUUGGUGGCUCCUGAGCAGAGUCUGUCUGCUAUUCCCGCCGCCCUGCGCCCUCGUGUUGGCCGGGGUGCCCCUCUCUUCUUGCCACCCGCAGCCUUGCCGGAUCCUCAAACGGAUCGGGCACACGGUAAGGAUCGGGGCGGCUCACCUGCAGCCUUGGGCUACCUCCCAAGGCAGGGCAGGAGGCUGGAGAGCUCACAAUGAUAUCCCGCUUCGAAGCCACUCUGCCGGGGAAGAAUCUGGGUGGCAGGAGCCCGGGACUCCAGAGAGGUGGAAAACGGGGACCAGUGUGAGAAGGAGAGCGCACCUGGGCACCGAGAACCUGAUCGACAAAGAGAGUCCGGACCAGGCGCCUCAACCGCCUCCAAUACCCAGAGAGGCGCUCCUGUUGGCGGUGGAGAACCUCAACCGCGUCAAGGGGCUUCUGCCUUACAACCUUUCCCUGGAAGUGGUGAUGGCCAUCGAGGCGGGCCUGGGCGAUCUACCUCUUUUCCCCUUUUCUUCGCCCAGCGCCUCCUCCUGGAGCAACGACCCGGUCUCCUUCUUGCAGAGCAUCUGCCACACUGUGGUGGUACAAGGGGUCUCGGCCAUUCUUGCCUUCCCGCAGAGCAGAAGCGAGAUCCUACAGAUGGACUUCGUCGCCACCGCUUUGCGCAUUCCAGUGAUCAGCAUCGUACUCAAUGAGUUUCCUCGAAAGAGUCAGAAUCCCCUGCACCUGCAGUUGAGUUUAGAACGUUCCCUGAGUUUUGACGCUGAUGUCAUUUUUUCAAUCUUGGCCUUGAACAACUGGUAUAAUUUUAGUUUGAUGGUGUGCCAGGAAGAGUGGAACAUCACAGAUUUUCUCUUCCUUACUCAGCAGAGCUCCAAAUUUUAUUUGGGAUCCAUUAUAAAUAUCACAGGAAACCUCACAUCAGCCAGUGACCUCUUGACCUAUCUGCAGUUUCAUCUGGAGAACAUUAAGGAUACAACUUCAACAGUGGUGAUGUUUGGAUGUGACAUGGAAAGCACAAGGAGGGUUUUUGAGAUAACGACACAAUUUGGGGUUAUGCCGCCUGAACUUCAUUGGAUUCUUGGGGAUUCGCACAAUGUGGAAGAGCUGAGGACAGAAGGUUUGCCAUUAGGUCUUAUAGCUCAUGGGAAAACAACACAAUCUUUUUUUGAAGAUUAUGUGCAGGAUGCAAUGGAGCUGGUAGCUAGAGCAGUUGCUUCAGCUACAAUUAUCCAACCAGAACUGGCAUUGAUUCCAAGUACAACCAACUGCUUGAGCACAGAGGAAAAAAAUCUCACAUCAGGCCAGUAUUUAUCAAAGUUUUUAGCCAACACUACGUUCCAUGGGCAGAGUGGCCACAUUAAGGUAAAAGGUUCUUCCAUCAUUAGUUCAGAAAACAAAUUCUUCAUUUGGAAUCUGCAACAUGACCCUGUUGGGAACCCAAUGUGGACUCGCUUGGGGAGUUGGCAAGACGGCAAGGUUGUCAUGGAUUAUGGGAUCUGGCCAGAACAGGCUCAGAGGCACAAGAAUCACAACCAGCAUCCCACUAGGCUACAUCUGAGGGUGGUGACACUCAUUGAACAUCCCUUUGUAUUCACAAGGACUGUGGAUGAUGAAGGAUUGUGUCCUGCAGGACAGUUCUGCCUGGAUCCCUUGACCAAAGAUUCAGCCGUGCUGGAUGCUCUUUUUGAAAGCCUCCAAGGAGGCAAUGACACAGUACCCACCAAAUUUAAGCAGUGUUGCUAUGGCUACUGCAUAGAUCUGUUGGAAAAGUUGGCUGAAGAUCUCAACUUUGAUUUUGACCUGUAUAUUGUCGGCGAUGGGAAAUAUGGCGGCUUGAAAAAUGGCCAGUGGACAGGACUGGUAGGUGAUCUUCUGGCAGGGACAGCCCACAUGGCCGUGACAUCUUUCAGCAUCAACACAGCCCGUAGCCAAGUGAUUGACUUCACCAGCCCUUUUUUUUCCACCAGUUUGGGCAUCCUGGUGAGGACCAAAGACACAGCAGCUCCUAUUGGAGCCUUUAUGUGGCCGCUUCACUGGACCAUGUGGCUGGGCAUCUUUGUAGCUCUACACAUCACUGCAAUCUUCCUAACUCUGUAUGAAUGGAAGAGCCCCUUUGGAAUGACCCCAAAGGGUAGAAACAGAGAUAAGGUUUUCUCCUUUUCCUCUGCGUUGAAUGUCUGUUAUGCCAUCUUGUUUGGGAGAACAACUGCCAUCAAACCUCCAAAGUGCUGGACGGGAAGGUUUCUAAUGAAUCUCUGGGCCAUUUUUUGUUUAUUUUGUCUGUCCACAUACACUGCUAAUCUGGCUGCUGUUAUGGUGGGAGAGAAAAUCUAUGAAGAAUUGUCCGGAAUACAUGACCCCAAGCUGCAUCACCCUUCCCAGGGGUUUCGUUUCGGAACUGUGAAAGAAAGCAGCUCUGAAGAAUAUUUCAAGCAAAGCUUUCCAGAUAUGCAUGAAUACAUGAAGCGGUUCAAUGUACCUGCAACUCCCGAUGGAGUGGAAUACUUGAAGCAGGAUCCAGAGAAAUUAGAUGCCUUUAUCAUGGACAAAGCCCUUCUGGAUUAUGAAGUAUCCAUUGAUGCAGACUGUAAACUUUUGACGGUGGGAAAACCAUUUGCAAUUGAAGGGUAUGGUAUUGGCCUUCCUCCGAACUCUCCACUGACCUCAAAUAUUUCUGAACUCAUCAGCCAGUAUAAGUCCCACGGCUUCAUGGAUGUCUUACAUGACAAGUGGUACAAAAUGGUACCGUGUGGGAAAAGAAGCUUUGCUGUGACCGAGACCCUUCAAAUGGGCAUCAAGCAUUUUUCCGGGCUAUUUGUGAUGCUGUGUGUUGGAUUUGGUCUGUCUAUUCUCACUACCAUUGGAGAACAUAUCAUAUACAGGCUGAUGAUACCACGAAUCAAAAAGAAAUCCAAGAUGACAUAUUGGCUCCAUACAAGUCAGCGACUGCACCGUGCUCUAAACAACUCAUUUAUGGAAGACAAGCACCAGCUUAAAACAAAGCCAGUUGAAAAGAAGUCCAGUCCCAGGAAUAGUCAGGUUUCAGUGUGGAACACUGCUAGCCCUGGCAACUGCCACAGAAGGAAAUACGUCUGCAGUGUUGAAAAAACAACUGAAGUGAUGCUCAAACAACUGAGGCAUGAUACAGCUUUCCCCUCCUUGAAAAGAGACUCUCCAGGGACUACCAAUGGGAAAGCAGAUGCUCUGAACACUGCUAGGACCUCAGUGAUCCAGGAACUCUCAGAACUGGAGAAGCAGAUCGAAGUGAUCAAGCAGGAACUGCAGUUAGCGGUGAGCAGAAAACAGGAGCUGGAGGAAUUUCAGAGGACAAAUAGAACUCUGGAGCUUUGA